UAUGCUCACAGAGCUAGAUGCUGCUCUGCCUGAUCUGCUCAGCCCUCUGUCUAUGCUCAGAUGCACGUUCCCAGAGGUAGCCGGGGUGGAUAAGGAAGAAACUUCUCUAAAUCCUAGACCUUAGAAAUGGAAAAUACAUAUUAGGAGCUGAAGCCUUAGCUAUUCCUCAGCAGCUGGGCAGGGUCAGAGCACCUGAAGCAUAGGAUCCCCAGUGGCUGUCUCCAAAACAUACACACUUUUGGGGAGGGUUAUUUUGGGGAUCAACUCACUGCUCUCUCUUUUUCAUUUCAUUCUGAUAGUCGGAGUGGCUCAGGAUGGCCUGCUAGCCAGAGGUGGUUACAUUUUUCUUUUGAACAGAUACAUCUGAACUAGCUGUGCACAGGAGAUUCCGGUUAGAGUUAAUAAACAGUGCGGAGAGGAGAGUCAGCUCAUGGCCAUUCAGUAAAACUGCCUUAAAUCUUUCUGGGUGAGGGUUGCUGGCUUCUGCUUUGGUAUAGAAGGCUGCUCCAGCUGAAGAAAAGGAGGAGAAAGGAAAAAGACAAUGGGGUUGCCCUUGCCUGGGAAUAGCAAACCUUUCAUCCAGCUCUGGAACAGGCUCAGACACAAGUUACAGGGCAAAAAAUCCUGGGCUCGGCGUCUGGAUGAAAUUCACCUGCUGCAGCAGAAAAGAAUAUGGGAGUCUCCACUUCUCCAGGCUGCCAAGGAGAACAAUCUCCGGGCCAUCAAGAAACUGAUCUCUGAUGGCACCUGCGAUGUCUAUCAAAGAGGUGCAGUAGGAGAAACAGCUCUUCAUGUGGCUGCCUUGUAUGAUAAUAUGGAGGCUGCUCAGGCUCUGAUGGAGGCAGCUCCAGAACUCAUUAAUGAGAUGAUGACAUCGGAGCUAUAUGAAGGGCAGACAGCUCUGCAUAUCGCUGCAGUGAAUCAGAACGUAAAUCUGGUGAAGGCUUUGCUCAAGAAGGGGGCCAAUGUCUCCAGCCCACGGGCCACUGGACUCUUCUUCAGGCGCAGUGCUCAUAACCUUAUCUACUUUGGGGAGCAUGUUCUAUCAUUUGCUGCCUGCAUGGGGAGUGAGGAGAUCGUGCGGUUGCUCAUUGAAAAUGGAGCUGACAUCAGAGCACAAGACUCUCUGGGGAACACUGUUCUCCACAUCCUUGUUCUCCAGCCCAACAAGACUUUUGCCUGCCAAAUGUACAAUCUGCUUCUCUCCUAUGACAAGAGUGAUGGGAGUCUGGGAACCCUGGACUCAAUUCCAAACAGUGAGGGGCUCACUCCAUUCAAACUGGCUGGAGUGGAAGGCAACACUGUGAUGUUUCAGCACCUCAUGCAGAAACGAAAGCACACACUAUGGACUUUUGGCCCUGUGACUUCUGUCCUCUAUAACCUCACAGAAAUUGACUCCUGGGGUGAAGACCAGUCCUUCCUGGAGCUUGUUGUCUCAACCAAGAAGAGAGAGGCCCGUCAGAUUUUAGACCUGACACCUGUGAAGGAGCUGGUGAGCCUGAAGUGGAAUAUGUAUGGACAUCCCUAUUUCUGUUUCCUGGCAUUGUUCUACGUUCUGUACAUGAUUUGCUUCACCAUGUGCUGUGUUUACCGACCUCUGAAAGCUCGAUCAGAAAACAAAACAAAUGACAGAGACAACACCAUCUACGUCCAGAAAAUGCUGCAGGAAUCCUAUGUGACAUAUGAGGAUGAGCUCAGGCUGGUCGGGGAGCUGAUCACAGUAAUUGGAGCUGUAGUGAUAUUGAUCCUGGAGAUUCCAGAUAUCCUUAGAGUUGGAGCCACCAAGUACUUCGGACAAACCAUCCUGGGAGGACCGUUCCACGUCAUCAUCAUCACCUAUGCCUGUAUGAUCCUGGUGACCAUGGUGAUGCGUCUCACCAGCACCACUGGAGAGGUGGUCCCCAUGUCCUUCGCCCUGGUGCUGGGCUGGUGCAAUGUCAUGUACUUUGCACGAGGCUUUCAGAUGCUGGGACCCUUCACCAUCAUGAUUCAGAAGAUGAUAUUUGGAGACCUCAUGCGCUUCUGCUGGCUCAUGGCAGUGGUGAUACUUGGCUUUUCAUCAGCCUUUUACAUAAUCUUCCAGACAGAGAAUCCCACAGAGCUGGGCCAGUUCUACAGCUAUCCCAUGUCUCUGUUUACCACCUUCGAGCUCUUCCUCACCAUCAUUGACGGGCCUGCUAACUACAGCGUGGACCUGCCCUUCAUGUACAGUGUGGUGUACUUUGCCUUCGCUGUCAUUGCCACCCUCCUUAUGCUCAACCUGCUCAUCGCCAUGAUGGGUGACACCCACUGGCGCGUGGCCCACGAGCGGGACGAGCUUUGGAGAGCACAGGUUGUUGCCACUACUGUCAUGCUGGAACGGAAACUCCCACGAUGCCUCUGGCCUCGCUCUGGGAUCUGUGGACGGGAGUAUGGACUAGGGGACCAGUGGUACCUCAGGGUAGAAGACAGGGUCGAUCCCAACAAGCAAAAGAUGCAUCGUUACACAGAAGCAUUUAAGACCCAGGAUAAAGAGAACUUUGACAAAUACUCAGAGAACCUGGAUGGGGAGAUCCCCUACAAGAAGGACCUUGCUCCUUCAGUUGCUCCUUCAGUGUCCCGGAGCACAUCCCAGAGCAGUUCCCACCGUGGCUGGGAGAUCCUGAGGCGUACCACCUUCAGACAACUUCAAGGGGAAGUCAACCAUGCCAUGGAAGAGGAGGAGAUCUACCAUGUCUGAGACACAUCUCUUCUGACUCCACAACAUGGAUGCCCUGUGCUGAACCAAUUACCUUCUCCAGAUGCCAGUGGAAACUCCAGUAUGGACACCAUUCUCCAUAGCUAUUAAGAGCUCUCCAGAUGCAACAGGAAUGCUCCAUGCUGCAGAUGGACACUGCUGCCCAAGUCUCCUCUCCCCCUCUUCCAUGUGUCCUUGUUGCUGUGUUGGCUAGGAGCUGAGUUGAGGGAUUUGGUAUUUGUCCAGCUCUGUAACAGCUGGCAUUCAAGAAGCUGCCAGAUGUCCCUCCCUGAAGAAAGACAAACCUUUAUUAGUGGCAUUUUCCACAGUGCUACUCUAGGAGGGACUGAGUGUUUUUCUGCCAUAUGAAUGCACUUUAAUCAUAUUUGUUACAGAAAUGUGACUGAUGGUUUCCUAAGGAUAUGUCACACGUUCUGUGCUGGGACUUUUACCCAGUUUUAAGAGGGUGCAGGGGCUGGUGCGAGGACUCCCUAAAGAAAUUCCAGGUGAAUUGGUCCCGAGCCGUGUUUCCGAUGGAAAAGUAGAAGUCUCUGGCUCAUGGUCUGAUAUCUGCCUGCUGUUAUCUUUGCUGUGUUGAGACUGUAGGCUUGCAGGUCCCUGUCUUCAUGGAGAUCAGUGGCGCAGCUGUGGGCCUGCUGUGGUGAGGCAUGCCAGCUCCAGCUCACCCUGUGCUAUGUCAUGAGGGGGAAGGGGGAGCUAUCUGGCCACUGUCAAUCAACAUGGGAAGCAAGUGCUGGGUGAGACACAGUGGAGGUAUUGCUAGGCAACUUGGAAACAAGUCUUGUCUCUUUUAACAACAUAUAAUGAUACCUGGUCCACAAGUGACUCUGAUUCAUCCACAUGGUCCCUCACUCCAGGUUCAGUGCUUUUUCACCUCUUCCUUUAGUUCUCUGCCAGGACCUCCCUUCAGGAAAUUGACUACAGGGAAGAAAUGAGGUGCCCUUUUGGAGGGCCUCAUGCCCUCAGCAACUCACAGUGUAAUCCCAAUAGCAGAACUAAUUGGAAUGCAAUUUAUAGCCUGACAUUUCCUCUGUAACAGGCCCUGUUAGUCAAACUCUGUGUCUAAGGGGAACCCAAAGGUAGCUUGCUUGCAUUAGACCCUACCAUUGUAACAGGACAUCGUUUACUGCUCAUGGGAUCCAGAAUCAAGGAGCGAAGGAACAGAAACUAGUGGCUUUCUUAUUAAUUGUGUUAUUCCCACCCUUCACAGAAACUAUCCCCUGCAUGGGACUGGUGCAGACUUUAGUGCCAUAUCCAAAUGCAUGGCCUUUGAGGUUAUGUGCAUUUUAAUUAUAUGUACUAUUUCCCCCCUACUUGAAUGUGCGCUUGAGUCCUAAGGAGGAGAUUUUCCCCCUUGGGUUAAGAUGAAUGCUUGUAUUAGAUAUACUGUGAUUAAUUGAAGUCAUGUGAGUUGGUCUUCUUUUCAUCUCUUUACUCCCAGCCCAUCCUGUUGAACCACAGGGAUUUGCACUAAAUGUUUAUGAAAAUGGGAAAUAUGUGAUUUUGCACAUGUACCAAAACUGUGAAUUGUUGCUGUAAUUGUAAUUUGAUUUCCUUAAUCAAUGGAGGAGAGAAGGGAAGGGGGUUGGUGGAGUCUUCCUUAAUCUUUCCACAUCUGCCUGCGCUCUUCAACAAGUUGGAAAUCUGACUGAGAAGCAAUUAAGAUGGAAUACCAUGAGGUCAUUUUUACCUAGCAAUUCCCAGUUGUGAUUGGCUUUAUUUGCAAAUCAAAAAAUGAUUGUUCCAAGUGUCAGCUGUGCAUUUUCUGUCUCUGGUGUCACCAUAAUCACGCUUUAAACUUUUAGUGCCAAUAUCUCUUCUCACUUACGCCUGCACAAUUUCAUUAAAGCCAUUUGGAUUGCACAGGAGUAAAUGAGAGUAGACUCCAGUUGGCCCUGUGUGUUCGUAAAGACUCAGUAGCCAAAACUGGUGCCCCAGGGACAAGACAAGUGAGAUCAGUAGGUGUAAAACCUCUAUGAAUUGUUGUUCCUGUUACUUUUAAAUUCUGUACAAAAAAUGGGGUUGAAAUAUAGACCAAUGUGAUUGGUUCUGCUGUUUUUCACUAUGACAUUAACUGGAGCUACUUUG